GAUGAGACAACAGCUUCAGGGGGAAGGUGUACUCUCACUUCAUUGAAGCAAGUGUAUUUUUAGCCCUUCCACCAACUACUUCACUUCACGGCUUUUUUCUGCCACUGUGUCUUGGUGGGGGCUAGCCAUGGGUACUGGUUUGGACAGGUUUCUGUGGUCAGUACUGCUGCUGCUGCCAGUCUUUGGGCUAUCUGAGGCUCUGCCAGAAAGCUGGCUGCCUGGGGAAUAUUCAGACACCAUCAGUGAUGCACAAAGGUUCCUCAGUGACUACAACAGCACUGCCGAGGAGGUGUUUUUCCACAGUGUCUCUGCCAGCUGGAACUACAACACCAACAUAACAGACCACAACUCAAAGCUUCAGGUAAGUGCAUCUCUUGAAGAACAGGCAUUCGUGGAGGCAUGGGGGAUGAAGGCUAAGCAGGUCUUCUCUUCUGGAGUUCUCAACACCCUUCCUGACCCUAAAGACAAAAAACUGAUGGAAAAGAUCAAGCUACUCGGUGCUGCCAACCUUCUCCCGGGAGAAAGAGAGGAGUAUAACACCAUUCUGAGCACCAUGGACAAUAUUUAUUCGACAUCUAAGGUGCACCCACAGCCAAACAUCAGCUGGAGUCUGGAACCUGAGCUCACAGAGAUCAUGGCUAACUCCAGGAGCUACAAGAAGCUGCUGUUUGCCUGGGAGGGCUGGCACAAUGCGUCAGGUGUGCCACUCAAACAGUACUAUCCGAGCUUUGUGGAGCUCAGCAACAAAGCCUCGCGAGCUGACGGAUUUCAGGACACUGGAGAUGACUGGCGCUCUUGGUAUGAGACUGAAACCUUUAGGCAGGACUUGGAAGAAAUCUACAAGACCAUUGAGCCCCUCUACCUGAAUCUGCAUGCCUUUGUGCGCCGCCAGCUCUACAACCAGUAUGGCCCCAAGUACAUCAACCUUAAAGGACCUAUCCCUGCUCACUUGCUAGGAAAUAUGUGGGCCCAGACCUGGAACAACAUUUAUGAUAUGAUGAUCCCAUUUCCUGACAAACCUAACAUUGAUGUGACUGAUGAAAUGGUCAGACAAGGCUAUAACGCCACACACAUGUUUCGUGUGGCCGAGGAGUUCUUCACCUCUCUGGGUUUGGAGAGGAUGCCUGAGGAAUUCUGGGAGGGAUCCAUGCUGGUUAAGCCUGAGGGUCGAGAGGUGGUGUGCCACGCGUCUGCCUGGGACUUUUACAAUCGCAAGGACUUCAGAAUUAAGCAGUGCACCACAGUCACGAUGGAACAGCUCUUCACUGUACACCAUGAGAUGGGACAUAUUCAGUAUUACCUGCAGUACAAGGACAAGCCUAUGGGCUUCCGCAGUGGAGCCAACCCAGGUUUUCACGAGGCUAUCGGUGAUGUUUUGUCCCUUUCGGUUUCUACGCCCAAGCAUCUGGAAACCAUUAAUCUUCUGGAAUCUGUGACAUCUGACAUCGAAACUGACACCAACUACCUGCUAAAAAUGGCUCUGGAGAAGAUAGCCUUCCUUCCCUUUGGCUACCUUAUUGACCUCUGGAGAUGGGAUGUCUUUAGUGGAAAGACCCCUCCGGAGCGUUACAAUGCUGACUGGUGGUAUCUCAGAACAAAAUAUCAAGGCAUCUGCCCACCCACCAGGCGUACAGAGGAGCACUUUGAUGCUGGGGCAAAAUACCACAUCCCUGGGAACACGCCGUACAUCAGAUAUUUUGUCAGCUUCAUCCUUCAGUUCCAGUUUCAUGAAAAACUUUGCGAAGCAGCCAAGCACACAGGUCCCUUGCACACAUGUGACAUCUACCGGUCUGCAGAGGCGGGAGCCAUUUUAAAGAAAGUCCUUCAGGCCGGCUCAUCUGAAAGCUGGCCAGUUGUGCUCCAGGAUGCUAUAGGCACUGAUAAAUUAAACGCCAACUCACUCAUGAAGUACUUUGAGCCUAUUAUUGACUGGUUGAUGGAGCAAAAUGUGAAUGAGACGUUGGGAUGGCCAGACUUCAACUGGGUCCCACCUAUGCCUGAAGGCUACCCAGAAGAUAUCGACAAGAACACAGAUGAGCUUGAUGCACAGAAGCUUCUGGAAGAGUACAACAGUACAGCUGAGGUGGUAUGGUAUGCAUACACUGAGGCCUCCUGGAAGUACAACACUGACAUCAAUGAAGCCAAUAAGCAGGCAAUGCUUGAAAAGAACCUGGAGAUGUCAGCACACACCUUGAAGUAUGGACUGCAGGCCCGUCAGUACGACACCACUGACUUCCAAGAUGGCUCGGUCAAACGCAUCAUUAAAAAACUCAGUGACAUCGAGAGGGCUGCGCUCCCCUCUGCAGAACUGGAAGAGUACAAUACGCUCCUGUCCAACAUGGAGACCAAGUACAGCGUGGCUGAGGUCUGCAGAGAGAAUAAUGAAUGCCUCCCUCUUGAUCCAGAUCUCCAGAAGAUCAUGGCAGAGUCCAGGGAUUACGAUGAGCUGCUAUUUGCCUGGAAAGGAUGGCGAGAUGCUGCUGGCAAAGUAGUCCGUCAGGAUUAUAAGAGAUAUGUUGAACUGGCCAACAAAGCUGCCACACUAAAUGGUCACUCUGAUAAUGGAGCUUUCUGGCGUUCCCUGUAUGAAACGCCUACAUUUGAAGAAGAUCUGGAGACUCUGUGGAAGGAGCUGGAGCCACUCUAUCUAAACUUGCAUGCUUAUGUUCGAAGGGGUCUAUAUAAUAAGUAUGGCUCCAACUAUAUCAACCUAAAGGGGCCUAUUCCUGCUCAUUUACUUGGCAACAUGUGGGCACAGACGUGGUCUGGGAUAAUGGAUUUGGUCAUACCCUACCCAGACGCUACACAGGUUGACGCCACACCAGCCAUGGUGCAGCAGGGAUGGGAUGCCAUCAGAAUGUUUCAGGAAUCUGACAAAUUUUUCACCUCACUUGGUUUGGAGCCAAUGCCGCCGGAAUUCUGGAGCAAAUCUAUGCUGGAGAAGCCAUCUGAUGGACGCCAGGUGGUGUGCCACGCCUCUGCGUGGGACUUCUAUAACCGAAAAGACUUCAGGAUCAAGCAGUGCACUGUUGUCACAAUGGAUGACCUGAUCACCGUGCACCACGAGAUGGGCCACAUUCAGUAUUUCCUACAGUACAAAGACCAGCCCGUGUCCUUCCGUGAUGGAGCCAACCCCGGCUUUCAUGAGGCCAUUGGAGAUGUACUUGCCUUGUCUGUGUCAACACCCAAACAUCUCCAGAGCAUCGGCCUCCUGGACAAGGUUGAGAACAACUAUGAGAGUGACAUCAACUUCCUGAUGAGCAUUGCACUUGACAAGAUUGCCUUCCUGCCUUUCGGCUACCUGAUGGACCAAUGGAGGUGGAAGGUGUUUGAUGGACGCAUCCCACACACCGAGUACAAUAAAGAAUGGUGGAACCUCAGACUGAAGUACCAGGGAUUGUGCCCACCUGUAACACGCACUGAGGAGGACUUUGACCCAGGUGCAAAGUUCCACAUCCCGGCUAACGUUCCCUACGUCAGGUAUUUUGUCAGCUUCGUCAUCCAGUUUCAGUUCCACAAAGCUCUGUGUAAUGCUGCCAAGCAUAAUGGACCUUUAUACACCUGUGACAUCUACCAAUCCAAAGAAGCUGGAAAGCUCUUAGGUGAUGUAAUGAAGCUGGGCUUCAGCAAGCCCUGGCCUGAGGCUAUGGCUAUGAUCACUGGCGAGUCCAAAAUGAGUGCCCAGCCACUCAUGGAGUACUUCCAGCCUCUCAUUGAAUGGCUUGAGAAGGAGAACAGCAAGAACAAUGAUGUUCGUGGAUGGCCAGAUUACGACUGGAAGCCUUUUAGUGCAACUUCAAAAGGUGAAGCUAAAACAGUGGAUUUCCUGGGUUUAAAUGUGAACAAGUCAGCUGCCAUAGCCGGCCAGUGGAUCCUGUUGGCCCUCGGCGUGCUGCUCUUGGUGGUCACCGUCCUUAUGGCCUACAUGUACAGGAAGGCAAGAAAGCCUGAAAAGUCCUUGUCUACUAUGGAGCUGAAGCAAAAAGAUUAGCCAUGUUUGAAGACUGAACGACGAGAGUGAAGCCUGACUCACUGUAGCUGGCACAAUACCAACCUCAAUGUGAACAUCAGUGUUUUUUGUGUACUGCACAACAUCUGAACAAAUUUGCUCCUCAUGUUUUGUCUGCCUACCAAGUCUUGCAUAUUUAUUGUAUACACAAAAACACAAAAUUCCUUACUUGCCUAUGCAAAAGAACACAUGCAAUUUUUUUUUGUAAUUUAUUUGUACGCUUUGAUGUUAAAGAAGGAAGAGUUUUAAAAUGAAAAUUUGUAAAGUCAUUCAUUGUGUAAGUGUUUCUGAAUAUUUGAUUUUUUUCUAAUAAGUUGAAUCCUCAGCAUUUCUACAAUAAAGACAUUAAAUAUUUAUUCUGCCUCUUUUUGGAGACGUGACAUGAAUGAAUUACAAAGGUUAUUAAAAACAAUUUCAUUACAAUAAAAAAAAAUGCACAGUAACAUAAAAAAGGCAACACCACACGAUGAAAAAAAAAGAGCUUGUGCAUUGUUUUCAGCCCUUCCCUCUUUACUCACAGAGUCAAUACAACCUCUUUAGUGGCUACAGUUGCACAACAGAAUACAGUACCUGCAGGCUCUCAGGUAACACAGACUGGAGCAGUAAAGCAACACUUAGUCCCAUCAGAGACUGUUUAAUAACAGGCUUAUAUCAGCAGUCUAUCAUUGGUCUUACAGGUUUACCUUAACGGGGGCCACAGAGGCCUAGAAACAAUCCAAGAGAAGGCUUACUGUCUUUUAAAAAUACAAAGCUCAGUGACAGUGAGAGAACAAAUUCAUUAAAACAGUCAAUUUAACGCAACUUGUUACUAUAUACAAUUUAUACGUACCUAUCUAUGCUGGAUCGUAAAGUCUCCACAUAGACAUCAUGCCACUAAACUAAUCCAGUGUUGUGACUCCCUGUAUGACAUUCUUUAGAUAUGUAUGUUAAUGUAUUAGCCUAAGAUGAUAUAAUAAAUAACAGCCAAGUUUACUCCCUGACUAAAUCGACACACGGACACGAAGCUAUUGCUUUUCAACUUGUUACAAACCUGCUUUCGGCGUUCACUGCUGUGGAAUUCAAUGCAGGAAAUUACAGUGCAUCCGCUGGGGCUGUUUAAAGUAUUACAAGUAUUACUCACCUAUAAGUACAAAUCCUGUUUCCCUGAAACCAGGCAAACAAUGCGAGUACAUAAUCUGAACAAUAUAUAAUGUCACGUUCUGCAUUUGAGGCUAGUGCCAAAACCAUUCCAACGCAAAGUCAGGGUACAUUUGAUGUGAACAUUCACUCAUAAGAGAGUGGCUGCUGGUCAUUAUGUUCUAAGUGCAGGGGUUGAAAAUGAUCUACAAAUCAACUUAUCUUGAUUUAAAUCCCUAACAGAGUCACUGACUCCUGACCACAAAGUGAUAGAAGCAGAAAGGACAUUUACAAUCACAGAUUAGAUAUAUACACUCAGAUUAGAUAUGGAAAUAGGCACGGUGUGAAACAGCACAACAAAUGACCAGCAACAUUUCUCAGAAACUUUAGGAAAAAAAAGAUAUAAAAAAUACACAUACAGAAAAAAAUUUCAGUACAUUAGCUCCUACAACACAAUCAAAACCAGUUACUUUUGUAUGCGACACAGCUUCUAAUGUACAAUGUACAUGCACAUUCAGAAGCGCUUAACAAGUUACAAUCUCUGGAACAAAAUGUUCAGUGUAUUGCACAAAAAAAGAGUCUAUAAAAAAUUAAACCAUUAAAAAAAUGAAUGCGCUAUCCACAGUUGGUCCAUGUUGGUCCACGUGGCUCAGUCUAGCCCAGGGUUUUUUGGCCUCUUGUCAAGUCUAUUGUGACACUGAGCGGUUCAGGGUUUAAAACAAAG